AUGGAACUCCAUAGUUAUCCAAGUUUUACAGAUCUGUUACAACUCAAAGUCCAUAUUCACCACUUUGAUAGCUUAAGUCACAUACAAUGCGAAAUAAUCAAUCUUCCGGCCAUAGUUUUCAAAAAAUUAUUUAGUCAAGAGGGUUGGGAUUACCUUCGAACACAACUAUCUGAAGUUUCUUUUUUAACCUCUAAUAUAAUAGAUCACUUCAUAAGUCAUAUAAUAUACGAGGUUCAACAAUCAUACAACAUUGGUACUACUGAUGAAAAAGAUAAUUCAGAACCGAAUGUGUUUAAUUUGAACUUGGAGAUGGAGAUUCACGGAGAACCAGAGAUAGAAUAUUAUGAUGAAGAAAUUGGAAUGGUUCCAGCUUCAAAAGAGGCUAUCGAGAGAAUGAAAACAACGUGGGAUUUGAAUGAUACAAAAUUGAGAGACAUAUGUUGUAGCAUAUGUAUGGAUGAGUUUGAUGAUGUUGAUGAGACAUCAAAGAUAUGUAGAAUGCCAUGUAGUCAUGUGUUUCAUGAACAAUGCAUCGUCAAGUGGUUACAAACGAGCAAUACUUGUCCCUUGUGUCGAUAUUCAAUGCCCACUGCACUUGAUAGUUGA